AUGUUGUUCCCUUACUUAACCUUGAUGAUCACUUUGGCGCAAGUUAUCUGUGCUAAGAACAUUCUCUUGACUAAUGAUGACUCAUGGGUUUCGACCAACAUUAGAGCUACCUAUAGAGAGUUGACUCUGGCUGGUCACAAUGUUGUUCUUGUCGCUCCCGUGUCCCAAAGAUCAGGUUAUGGUGGUAAAUUCGAUAUUCCUAAGGGCAAUGUUCUUCAAACUAAUGGUGAAUUCGACUACGUUAAGGCCGGUGAACCAGCUUGGGGUCACGAGGUUGAUGACCAAAACGUUUGGUAUUUCAAUGGUACCCCAGCUUCUUGUGUUGCUUUUGCCUUAAAGUAUGUUUUACCAAAGUUCUUCAACAACAUGACUAUUGAUUUAGUUGUCAGUGGUCCUAAUGAAGGUACCAACAUGGGUCAAGGCUUCUACACUGGACUGGGUACAAUGGGUGCCACCUAUAAUUCAAUUUAUCGUGGAAUCCCAGGUGUUGCAUUCAGUGGUUCAAACAGUAACAAUUCCUUCUUCAAAGACUCACUCAAUACUGAUCCAAUGAACCCUUCUAAUAUCUAUGCUAGUAAGGUUGUUGAAUUUGUUGCUCAAAUUUUCAAGUCUCAAGGUGAGAAUCCAAACGCUUUGCCUAUUACCAGUGGUAUUAACGUUAAUUUCCCUCCUGUUGGUAACCAAGAUACUACCUGUACUGAUCCAGAAUGGGUUUUGACCAGAAUGUCUGGUGAAUUAUCCGCAACUUUUGACAUGGCCUACAAUGAAACUAGUAACACUUUCGUAUGGAGCCCAGCUUCUUACAAGGCAUUAACUGUUUGUGAAAAUGGUGAUUGUUCAUUGCCUAGUGCAAACGAAGUUUUGACCCAAAAUUGCCGUACUGCUGUUUCCGUGUUCAGCAUUGACUACGAUGCUAAAUUGGAAUUGGCCAAUGAAGUUAAAGCUUUGGUUCAACCAAUUCUUUCUAUUUGA